UGCCAACUCGUCGUCAAAUGAGUGAUACUGUAACAGUGUAACGUCGUGCCCUUAUCGCGCGCGAUUUGACGACGGCGUAAAAAUUAAUAAAAUAAAAACCCGUAAGAUAAUAUUAUCUCAAUGUCUAAUCGUCCGAGAGUAAAAUAUUUUACGAACGUUAGGUAAAUGUAACGAUUACAAUGCUAUGACAAAUUUGGAUUUCGUACUUCAUGAAUAGCGUUCAAUGAAAAUUAGAAUAGGAAUUAGGAAUUGUUAUUGUGAUGUUGUUGUUGUGAUUAUAAUCAUUAACCAAACCGCUCCCCGCGACUACAUGCUGACAGUCUAGCCACCACCGCCGUAUUAACAGUUGAAUUGUUAUUGUGUCGGAUUUCUUAUAAAUUGUAUAAUAUAAAAAUUACCCUCUGAACGCGGCUACGUCACUGGUCACUACGCCCUUACCAAACAUAAUAUUUUAUUCGCAAUAAUACACGGCCAUAGGGUCUAUCUGCAAUAAUAUUAUGUCUACUGAAAAGCUUUUUAAUUACGAUAUUUUUCGAAAUAUUCUAAUACAUAAUAAUAAUAAUAAUAAUAAUAAUAUUCUUAUCGUCCAGAUAAUAGUUUCUGGAUUUUGAGGUUAUGUAAAAAUUCGUAAAUCGAAAUUCUCAAUAUUUAAACAUUUUAAACUUGAGUCUUUAAACGCUACCUAAUACCUAUUAUUAAUUGUUUUAUUAACGUUUGUCGUAUCAUGUCCGGUUUCAUAUUAUAAUAUUUAUCCAUGUGAUUGAUUACUCGGAUAGUUUUUGAGCUGUUACUAAAUUUACUUGUGUCCAAACACCUCGGACAGCUAUAAUGCUGUGCAAUAAAUUACUGAAGCUCGCGAGCAAAACCGUUCAAACCGUGUCCACAAACCGAAUAGCUGUUGCCGCUGCGUCGAGCCUAAACGUGCGAUCGUUUUCAGCGCCAAUCAGUCAGGAAUAUGUUGUCGACAAUACGAUCGCGCACAAAACGUUUUCCGACACUGUAAUACAAACCGUCAACGAAGCAGUAAAAAACAGUAACCGAUUGUUUGCCGUCGUACAUAUAUGCGGCAAGCAGUUCAAAGUCACCGACAACGAUCUGGUGCUGAUCGACGGUUACUGGCCCCCAAAUGUCGGGGAUCGUAUCAAGUUGCAAAAAGUGCUGUUGGUCGGCGGCAAAGACUUCACGCUGAUCGGCAGGCCCGUUUUGGACCCGGACACCGUGCAAGUCACCGCGACGGUGGUUGAUAAAGACCUGUCCCACACCAGAACAAACUUCGAACGCAUCAAACGUAAGCAAUACAUGAGGAUCAACUUUAUACGAAAAGAAAUCACAAUACUCCGGAUCAACUCUGUAUUUAUAACACAAAAUAUUGAUAGUAGAAAAGAAGUUCAGGAAAUGGGAAGACGUGCAAUGUAAUCGCAACUUAGACAUUUUUAUAUCGUACGAAUUGAUUGUAGCUAAGAUAAUAUUAUAACCUUUGUAUAAUAAACUGUAAUACACUUA